GGUCUGUGGCUUUGAUGACCGUUUUUUGAUUCCGUCGUUAAAACUACUACAGAAAGUUCUAAAGUUAUUUGACUUAGAAAAGAGGCUUUUUAGUUCGUUAAUUUGUUACAUUGAGUACAUUUGUAUAAUUGAGAAAUUUGUAACGACUUACGAUUCUUCCGACAACACAAUUUUUCGCUGUGUAGCUCAAGUUGAAAUCGCAAUAUGUCAAAUAUUUCAAGGAAGCACCGGCAAUCGAAGACGAGGAUAUUCGAUCGACAAAAUCGGUGUAUUAAUUGUUCUUUCUUGAUCCCCAAAAAGUUGUAUGAUAAGCAUCCCGUGGAGCAAGCGCCGAUGCAUAUAGUUACUACAUUGCGGGCAUGGAUAUUUCCCACCGAGUUGUCACCAGAUUCCAUAAUUUGCACAGAAUGCUAUAAAUUACUUCAGAAACAAACAAAUGCAAUUAAUGAAGAAUCAAAUAUGAUGAGUGAAGAAUGUUUGCCUAUUUUAGGGCAUAAAAGUAUUUGCUAUCCUUGUGGAAUUUCAAUUUCAAGAAGUGCGAGAACAUACAGUGUGCCCCAUGAUGUAAAAGAAAGAAGUAUUUUAUUGGAAAGUGUUCCACUCCAUUUGGUCUCAAGAAUGGAACGAGUAUGUGUGGCUUGUUGGAUGUCUGCAUACAGAGAGGUAAAACGGCAACACCAACAUGACACAAAUCAUAGUGUCCCAAAUGUGGAAUCUAUUGGGGAUUCCCCUGAUGCGCCAGUUCCACCCCCUCUUCCACCACCUCAAUCGGAAAAGGUUCUACAGCAGACACCAAAAAUCAAGUCUUCGCUAUACAGACGUGCCGCUUGCACAUCUAGUCGUUGUAUAUUCCAGAAUUGUUCUAGAUCUGAAAGAUUACUCAUACCAUCUGCUAUAAAGGACCUUGUAUUGUACCGACAAAAAUUCUAUAUACCAAACGGUUGCCGCGUUUGUCGUUACCAUUUGAAUCAGGGUCAUUGGAACGAAUUAACAUCGGAACUAGUGGAUUUCACUGGUGAACAAUUUGAUGUUAUUAUGACUAUGAUGGAAAGGGCAGCCAAUAGCUAUUUAGAUUUUUCAAACAUUAAUAUCAUGUCUCCGCACUUAUGUCGUUAUUUUCUUGGAUUGAAUUCUGAUCAGUUUUAUGAUCUACUGAACAGUAUUCCAAAUCUUGUUGACCAUGUACCGAAUGCUUCUGUUGCGUUAAGUGUUUUAUUGGUUAAAUUAAAAACAGGUGAUAGUAAUGAGAGAUUAGCUACUCUUUUCAAUAAACCACGAAGUACCAUAGAACGUUGGAUGGGAAAAGUAAAAAGUUGUCUUAAUGAUGAUCUAAUUAAAAAUCUUUUACCCUCUUCUAAAUAGAAUUUCGUGUGUAUUGGGUCUCGUGUUAGUCAAGUCUUCAGUUAACUAUGUCAUCUCAAUCCAGGUAUUUUCUGCUUUUUUUUAAAGGUAUUUUAUCAUCGAUUAUCGGUUGUCUUAAUGAUGAUCUAAUUAAAAAUCUUUUACCCUCUUCUAAAUAGAAUUUCGUGCGUAUUGGGUCUCGUGUUUAUCUAGUCUUCAGUUAACUAUGUCAUCUCAAUUCAGGUUUUUUCUGUUUUUUACUACUACUGGAUUAGGAUAUAAUUUAUUUUUCCAUUUUGUGAUUAACUCAGUUGUGAAAAUUUGUGGCAUUCAUAUCCCCAUGGUACUCCCCGCAUUUCGAAUCUGAUUUGAAAAUAUUUAAAGCACCCUCAACUAAUCCGUCUCAACUUCCACCAUGAACACUAAACGACGCCCUUUGCCAAUGUCAUCGUAAUAAAUACCAAGCUCAUAUUCGGAUUGCAACACAUUUUGAAGUGGCUAUUGUAAAAGUAGGUUUCUUCUUUCUGUAUAGUUCAUAAAUACCGCCAUUCAGCUGUAUUUAUGAACUAUAUUAGAUUUUUUAAAGAAAUAUCCCAUGUUAUGUAAAAGCUGUCUUAAAUAAGUACAAUGGCAGUUCACGAUACCAUCUUCUUUUAAAACUGCAAGCAGCUUACGAAUACUUGGGAUUUUUUUUAUCAACAAUAUAUAAAUGAUGAAUUUUUAUUCGUAUUACACUCAUGUCAAAAUCAUCAAUGUGGAUUCUCUUUUUAAUUUGUUUAGGUUUCCGCGGAGACGAAAAUUUCAAGUUUUCCGAUGUUUGCAGAUUCGAAUUUCCUUCAGCUACAAUUUAUUAAUGUUCAUAUCAUAUUUCUGUUCUAUACUUUCCUUGUCAACCUUUUGUCUGAGAAAAAAACUGCGGGCAUUGUAAAUGACAUUUUCACUUGUCGUGUAAUUGGCGGAUCCAUCUUAGGAUAUUUUAUCUCAUGUAUGUUUAGAACAAAGUAGCACAAACAACUGAAACGUAACCGUCACGGAGUUCGACGGCAGGCUGAGUCAGUUUGACGUUCAUUAACCUGGUCCAGGACGGGGCCGUUCUGCCGUUCACACACCUCAAGCGGUGAUUAGCACAUCCGUGCACACUAUAUCAAGAUCUAUCACGUCGAUAUUACGAGUGUGAGAAAAAUAUCAAUAAUACUUUCGAUUCCGGAGUAGGGGUGACAUGUCUGAUGAAAUAUUUGAACCGGUCAUUGAAUAUGUUCAUUUGCUUCCAUCUUGAUGGAUGUGUAGUGUUAACAGCGCCUGAGGGACAGCACUCAUAUUCUUGCAAUGGAAUAUAAAAAUGGAGGCACAAAAUGACCAGCGGCGUUUAUGGCAACAUCAAUUGUCAUUAAUUAACCCUUUUCCGCUGACGUAAGGGAAGCUAUGUCUCGUUUCCCUUGAUGGCCAACCACUUGGGGUAUCUUGCUCUGUACAACGGCAAGCACAGAUUGGUCAACAUUGUAUAUGCGGUUUGGACCAGAGUUUUCUUUAGCAUAGAUUUCUUCAAGAAGACCAAAGAAUGAGUCUACUUUUUCUUUACUGGAUCCAAAUUCUCUAGCAAAAGACGUGCCAGUUGCUCUUCUUACUGAUAACUGGUCUCUAUGACGUUUGCGAAAUAGCUUAAGCCAUUUCCGUGUCACCAAAGGGAUUUUCUAACUGAUUACGCUUUGCCAACAUGUACGCCAUUCUGCGAACACCGUUUCUCGUCAAACCAUGAAAUUUGCUCUCUAUGGUUAAAAUGCUCUACUAAUAAUCUACUUAAAGAUUUUCAAGGGUUGUUGCUAUAACAGUUUUUCUCCCGAGUGUCUUAGCCGCAGCUUCUUCUGGGGGUAAUUCGUUUUUCUGGCACAAUCGAAAUAGGUAGAACUUAGCACAUCGAAGUGUUUUGCAGCUCUCAAAUAAUUCAUUUUUUUCUUUCUUACUAAUUCAAUAGCUUCUGCCAUAUGUUCUGAAUUCCAUUCUUUUCGCUUCGUUUUGAGUUGACGCCAGCCAUUCUGUUAAAACAGGAUUCCUUGAUAAAUUAUCUUCCAACUUAUAUAUGGUUUCCUUACGUACGUAUUUGUCGAAAAUACGUAAUAACACACAUUUGCAGAAGUUUAUAGCAAAAUAACCAUUCAAAAGUAAAGAUAUUAUUAUUUAAUUUCACUCACCUUUUUGAAGAGAAAACACACAAUACAACUUUUUCACGGCACUUUCCACAGAACACACAGUUAACGUCUAUGUUGUAAUGGCGGCACUGAUUCAACAUCAACUUUACCUUUUUUUAUUUGACAUUUGGGAAGUAUGUUUGGUCUUUGAAUUUGAAAUAGAUGGGUAAUUUAUGACACUAGCGGGAGAAAAAAUACCAGGUUUCUUAAAAGAAAGUUCAUAUUAAAAGAAAGUAAGAAGUUUAUUGAAAAAUGUUUAUUACAUUUUAAAAUACAUUGUUUAGGAUUCUUUUUUAAAUGAUAUCGUCCGUUAUGUAAGCCGUUGCGCUCACGGCAUUCAUUUAAUCGAGCACAAAAAUUGUCUAUAAUUGUCAUAGGCUCAGCAGGUAUUCUCCAUGAUGGCUGCCAUUUCGUUAUGGAUAUUUUCUUUAAAUUGUGCAAGGGAAGUCGGUUUGUUGGCGUAAACUUUUGAUUUGACAUAACCCCAUAAGAAAAAACCAUAGGCGUUAAACUGCUUGGAGGCCAACUUGUGUCGCCUUUCCUUGAGAUCGAUUUGCCAGGAAAAAUUUCACUCACUCGUGGCAGAGACCUGUUGGGCGUGUGUGAAGUUGCUCCGUCCUACUGGAACCAUAUUCUUUGGUGGAACUGCAAAACUUUCCUGGUAUAACCUUCAUAAAUGGUUUUUAUUUCAGUUUGUACAAAGGGCGUGUCACGUAACCAAACCUCUUAAGAGACCGUUGGUAUCAGGUAGGGUAGAUAAAAAAAGGUAGUUUUGUUCCAUCUUUCGAAAAUGUUGAAUGAUUCUUUUGUGAAUCUCUUCUAAAAAACAGCCUGAGUAGUUUAUUGUAUAUGUUUUCACGACAACCAAGUUUUACAAAACAUUUGAUGAUUAUAGUUUCUUCGUUCUUUUAUAUCUUUCUAUAUUUUAAGUUAAUGUCAUGAAAAAGUCGCUUUUUUAUUUGAACUCGGUUUGUUUUCGAGUCUGAUAAUUCUUUCUGUGAUUUGAUGGUUCUUAAAACAUGAUUUGUUAUGCAAAAAAUAAAUAUGAUAGAAAUGUUGCUAUAUAAUUCAGG